AGCCAGCCGUCGCUAACUACUAGUCUACCUGGACUAGAGCACUCAGAGUAGAUGGUGCUAAGAAUGCCCCGACGACUAGCAAGCGGUGGUGGUGGUGGGCUGUUGAUGGUGGUGCUGCUCCUGCUGGUUGUUGUGUUUUUGUUGUUAUCUCGAUCUGCGGCCGUAUUUCCCCAAGAAUUAGCAAUUCGUACUUACUCGAACUCUCUCCUUCUGCUGCAGCAGCCAUCGCUCUUCGCUGCUUUUUUCCGCUCCUUCUUCCUGAUCUCAGAUCUUGGACUCGUGUACCCGCUACUUCGACAUUCCCUCUCCGUCAGUAGCAAAUCGUCGUGGUAGCUGCCAUACUACUGCGAGCCUAUUUGCUUUUCCUCUGCGUUUUCUCGCCCACCACCGCCCACCGCCCACCCCCUACCGCGGUUCCUGUUCGCAUACA